AUGAACGCAGUUUUUGGCGCCAUCCCCAUCCUCUUGAGGAACCCGUCGGUCUACGGCUUGUCCCGCAUCACCAACAGCCUCUUCAUCAGCAAUGGCGAGGCGGCCAACAACAAGCUCUUCCUUUAUGCCAACCGCAUCACCACCAUAAUCAACGCCACGGUGGAAGUGAUCAACACCUACUUCCCGGACAUUUACUACAUCCACGUCCCCGUCCUGGACUACCCCACCGCACGCAUUUACGACUUCUUCGACCCUGUGGCGGACAAGAUCCACGCCGUGGACCAGAACCAGGGCCGGACCUUGGUGCACUGCGCCGCCGGCGUCAGCCGCUCGGCCGCCCUGUGCAUUGCCUACCUGAUGAAGUACCACUCCAUGUCUCUCUCGAACGCCCACAGCUGGGUGAAAUCUUGCCGUCCCGUCAUCCGCCCGAACCUCGGGUUCUGGGAGCAGCUGGUCGAAUACGAGUAUCACCUCUUUGGGAAGAACAGCGUGAAGAUGAUUCAGUCGCCUUUGGGCCUGAUCCCUGACCUCUACGAAAACGAGGUUAGAGGCAUGAUUACGCUGUGA